AUGUUCAAACUCAUCGUGGUUUUCUCUUUGCUCGCAUUGGCUGUUAAUGGUAAGAUACAGCCGUAUGGUGUCUAUGAAUGAUUACAGUUUACGGCGAGAACCAUGAAGCCACGAUAAAUGUGGUUGGCAGGCAUUCCAUGAUGACAGUUCACGACAUGCCCAGAUCUCGAAUGCCUGUUCAUCAUGUGCGAAGGGAGACUCCAAGACGGAGAAAAUGUAAGGAAAUUUUAACAAAAAAUAAUUUGUAAUAUUAGAAAUGUCUGUUUUGAAAAAAAUUUUUUUUUGCACAGUGCAAGGAAAUAUUAUUUUUGCACUGUGCAAAGCCAAUAAUAGAUUAGAAUUGAGGUUGCACUGUGCGGUGGGUUAGAUUUUCAUCAUAAUGCAGGAUUUUCAGAUUUAUAAAAAAUUUCAAUCUUCUAACUUUCCUAUUUUUCCGCACAGUGCAAAGGGACUGCAUUUUUGCACAGUGCAGGCUCAAUAAUGGGCUAAAAUCGAAGCUGCACUGUGCAGCAAGAGUCUUUUUUUGCACAGUGCAAACAUUUUUAAACUGAAAAACUGUUUGAAAUUAGCGGCUGAUAAUUUCAGCCGACGGAAAUGUGUGUAGUUUCUCGGACAUGGACUACAAGCUCCAAUUCUUCUUGGAUUCCAAAACUGGCCGUGUUCAUUUCGACCUGACCUACAAUAAUUUCCCUCAGCAAUACGAUGUGUGGACUGGAGUGGCAUUCGGAAAUUCGAUGGUAAGUUGAGGUUACCGGGAAGUAUUUAUGAUGACUUCAAGGUCAUUUUGCAAAAAAAAUUGAAGAGAAAUUUUAAGAAAACGAAAACUCUGCAGCGGUACGAAUCAAGGGCAAAUGAUGUAAUCAGAGUUUAAAAAAUAAUAAAUAUAGAGUUUAAGGAGUGUAAGAUUACAGUGAAAUUUCCGAUAGCAAAUCAAGAUGAUAAGCAUCUUGAUUUGGUAUUUAUUUUAAGGCAAAAAAACAAAAAAAUAUCAAAAAGCUUACAAAAUAUUUUCAGUUUGGACUUGAUGCCGUUAUUGUCCGCGUUCUGGGUGGCCGGAUUAUUGUCACGGACGAGUUUACUCGAGGUUACGGCCCAUCAAUCCCAGAUUCAGUUCAGGACGUCAAGAUGAUCGGUGGAUCCAUUCAAAAUGGAGUCCUCAGAGUUCAGUUCACAAAGCCAGUCGAGACUAAUCAAAGAGGACAAGAUGCCGCGCUAAAUGGCUGUACUCCCUGGCAGGUAGGUUUAGGGAAAAGAAAACAGGAAUUUGGUGGGACAUAGCUCUAAAAACUAGACACUUUUCGUUUUUGUUUUGCUUCUAUAGCACAGAGAAGUGAUCAUUGACAUGUAAAACAUCGUUUUCAGUUCGUGACUGGCCUCAGUUUGGCUUCGCCGUCCCACGUUUCGAAGCACACUCGAUUCCCGAUCCGGCAAGAAGUCUGUUUGGACAAAUGCACUCAAUAA